CACAAGUCUUUCUAGCAAUGGGAAGAAAUUUGAGUCCAGAGGAAAUUAAAGAGGGAGACGACGUGUAUUUUGAGUGCAAUGUGAGGGCCCAUCCAUACGUGUACAAGGUUCUCUGGUACCAUAAUGGAGUGCAAGUGCAACACAACGUUCCUGGAGGAGUGAUCGUUAGCAACCAGAGUUUGGUAAUACAGCGAGUUCGUCGCCAGCAGACAGGUCUCUAUACCUGUGUCGCCUCCAAUAUAGAGGGCGACGGGCAGAGUAAUGCAGUCAGCCUCAAAGUUCAAUAUGCCCCUGUUUGCGCCGCCGGACAGGUGCACGUCUACGGCGCCGCCAAGAACGAAGAGGUCUCCGUCACCUGUCGUUUAGACGCCGUGCCCCCUGUCGUCCAUUUCUUCUGGCGGUUCAACAGCAGCGGCGACGUCGUGGACAUAGCCGAGAACCACGUGGCUACUCAGGGUCUCCAGUCGUCGCUAUCGUACGUGGCUCGUACUGAGCUCGACUAUGGCACGCUGCUCUGCUGGGGCAGCAAUGCCUUGGGCCGGCAGAGGAAACCAUGUGCGUACAAGGUGAUCGCCGCGGGGAAACCCAAUCCGCCUGAAAACUGCAAUCUGACCAAUCAGACGACAGAGACACUCAAGGUUCACUGCGUGCCUGGCUACGACGGCGGCCUCCUGCAGAAGUUCAUCAUCGAGGCUUACGAAGCCGAUAGCAAUCGUCUGUUGCUCAAUAUUACGGAAAACUCGGCGCCUGACUUUACCCUACGAGGCCUCGAACCCGGGACCUCGUAUGUCGUCCACGUUUACGCCGCCAAUGAGAGGGGACCAAGCGAGAAGAAGAUCCUGACCGGUUAUACCAUUAAGGAUAUGGCGGAGCGACGCACGGCCCAAGUUCGACCCCCGCCGGAGGAGUUGGUGCCCAUUACCCCGAUCCUAGCGGUCGUGGUAGGGGUCGUUGGCUCCCUGGUACUGGUGGCCGUCGUGGCGGUCGUUGUGGUAAGUCUCAAAAAGAAACGACGGCCAAGGAGUAAGAAUGUCACGCUGCCCAUUCAGACGUCGCUGACGGACACACGCGACCUAGACGACAAGAAUCCUGACCUCAUCCCCGCAAACGGCAACGGUGAGGCGGAGGGCAAGAGCCCCACUACCCCAGAGGAAGGCGGCUUCGGCAGUGUCCAUAUCUGUGCCUCCGUUCCCUACCCCAGCAACGUCUAUGGCACGUAUCCCAGGACGCCCCGGACCAUGGCUGUCACCAAUCCUCAGAACGGGGAGCUGAUGUAUGCCGAACUGACGUUUCCUCGUGGCGGCCAGUACCCGACCACUACGCUCUCCCGACGCAAACCUGAACCGACCAUUUACGCUCAGAUAGAUCACGUGAUGCCAGGUGCUCCUGUUUCCAUGGGCGUCGUUCCUGUGAGCGGCGGCGGGAUGGUUUGCAGUUCCUCUGGCGGCCUGAUGGCUGGUAAUCUGGGCGGCAGCGUGGCUGGAGUAAUGGGCGGCACCAUGGCUCCAGGAAUGGGUGCUGGGGUAAUAGGUGGAGGUGUUUGUCCUAGCAGUAGUGCCAGCCUGGUAAUCAGUUCGAUGUGCCCUCCAGCGCCCUUGAUUGGGGAUCUGGAUAGGAUUGCCUACACCACGCCCACACCGCCGCCCCAUGGGUUCGGCGGCCAUCCUCUGACCCCGCCUGUUCUACCAGAAGAGGAAGAUCAGGUCACAGUGGAGACUCCUCUCAUGAACAGUCACAAAGAAAGUGACGUGUGACCCCAUGCCACUGACCUGGCCCUACGGCCAAUGUCUCCAAGGGAUGAAUUGUCUUAGUCCACAUAUGACGUGUUGUUCCUCGCAACGGGACGUUAUGCUGAAUCCUGUUGAUCGAUGCUAAACUUCAUCAACAGUCACCAGAAGAUUAAUUUAUUGUCUAAAUUGAAGUCAAUGCGACGUCAGAUCCAGUGUGUUAGCUCACGAUAUCAUUAACGACUCAGAUCAGCGCUGGUGCACUCAGUAUGUCGCGGUUGACGAGGUGAUGACAUUCAAAAUGAACCGGUGAUUGGCAUAUUUCAUUAUAAAUGCAUUUCGUAAAUAAUCAGAGUGACAGCUGACUCAUUUUGCCCAAAUCAAACUUGAAGCCUCGACCCCUUGAACUUGCACGCACCAGUCGUGAAGACUUCCGUCUGUUGGCUUCCUAAGCACUUGACUUUUCGGAGUUAGUCAAGCGGUUAGUUCAUCCUCCUAACAGAACGAAUUCUGUGCUGAUUAACCGAGCCGCCGAGUGAGCGAUGUAAAUACAAGAACGAACUAUAAGUGGAGUGGUGAAUGGACCAAUUUGAAAUUGUUGGUUAAAUAUUUUAGGAAAUUGAAUGAGACCAAAUUUCUUUACAUACACUGAAUGUGCGACAAGAAAUCUGAGUGACUUCACUCUAAAAAAUACAGCAGGAAUCGUUCCAAUUUUGUCCAUCAUUAAAUAACAGAUAAAGACAAAGUUGUUUAAUAAAUUGAAUAUUAUCAAGAACUUUCUAAUUGAUCACACUGAGACCUGUGCAAUAGCAACACUCCCUCGUAAUAUACUGAACAAAUCUACGGAUCAUGGAACUACACAUGUAUACUCUCAAGUUUAACAGAACAUUGUUAACUGUAUCUUUGAGUGUUCUGAAGGUAUACUAGACGAGGUUACUGUGUCAGCCUUACUUCCAGGCUCGAAGCAGGCUAAUCUAGCAAGUAAUUCAUUAUGAUCCAGAACUAAUCUCUUACAAAUCUGUGAAAUAUUAAGGAAUAUUACAAAUCAAUUUUUUUAACAACAUUAGAGUAUUACGAGAAGUUGAGAAACAAUUUCUAAUUACAAUUACAGAGUUUAUUGGUGUGAAAGGUGAAGUGUAAUGGUUUGUGUCGUCACUUGGAAAUCUUGCUGAUUAAGUGCUAAUUAAGUGAAUGUCCAGUCAGUGACAGUGAGUCCAAGAAAAGUGGUAACCAGUUUAUUCGUUUCUACACGCUGUACACUGUCAUUUAAGGAGUGCAGCUUCCUCAUUGUGGUCCAGUGACCCAAGCCAAGCCAGGUUCAGGAUACAAGGUCAGAGGUCACGCUGAAGGGAGUGAGAGGUUUGCAUUGUACCAAUGCUUUUAGCUGGAGUAGUUUUUGUACAUAAAAUCAAUGAUGUCUUUUUCAAAACGUAAAUAGUACUAAAAAAAACAUAUAUUGAAUCUCAAUCAAAAACAGUCACAAGUUUGUCGUGGUGAUAUAACUGAAAAAACCAAUCACGCCAGAAAUUUAUAUUUCUUGGGAAUAACAAAUCUUCCAUUUAUGUGCGAUUUUUAAACUGACGUGAACUGUGUUAUAAAAUGAGACAGUGUCUCGACGUUCUAAUGUGACGACGUGUGAAACGUUUACUUGGUGCUGGCCAUCUUACAAGGCCCCAGAAUCUUCACUGUCUACGUCAAAAGUAUUUUGACGUUCAGAUAAACGUGGAAUAUAAACUCUCAAUGAUGCUGUUGACAAGUAGCGGCACGUAAAUUUCAGAUGUUUAAUAAAGACUAUUUUGUUUCUCCUGCAUUUUGAUUGUGGUUUUGGCGCAGGAAAGAUAAAACAAGAUAA